GGCCUAACAAAUCAGUGUGCCCAGUUUGCAAGGCAGGUAUUAGCAAAGAUAAAGUCAUUCCACUGUAUGGUAGAGGAAGCACUAAUCAGGAAGACCCCAGAGAGAAAAUGCCACCAAGACCUCAGGGAAGAAGACCAGAACCAGAAAAUAAUGGAGGCUUCCCAGGCUUUGGUGGAUUUGGUGAUGGAUUUCAACUUUCAUUUGGUAUUGGUGCAUUCCCAUUUGCCUUCUUCUCAACGACAUUUGGUGGCCAAGGACAGACUGCAGCACCACCAGGAUCACCUCAAGCAGAGGAUGAGCAGUUUCUUUCCAAGCUGUUCCUUUGGGUUGCAUUCUUGUUUAUGUUUUGGCUUCUAAUUGCAUGAUCGUUAUGUAGCAUAUCCUUGUAUUUAGUGGUAAGAGAGCAAGUUCAAGUCUCCUGAGCCAAAUAUCAGUGUCAAUAGAAAAUAGGAAAGAGCUAUGUAGAGUGACCUGAACAGAUUACACAUAGACAGAUGGAUGGUAACUGACAUCUUUGUUGAAUGUGUUUCUCCAAAAAAGGUUCAUGGGUCACCCUUGACUAAAUCUAGGUGUGUUUUAUUUUUAUGUUUUUAUUUUGCAGAUAAACUAGAAAGAAAACAACCUCAUUACUCUGUUACAAUGUGUACCUGUUAGGUUAUAGUGAAUUGUAUACUAUUAAACUCUAUGUUGUGGAGGGGAAUUAUAUCAAGUUACAUAGUGAUGAAGGUCAAAUAGUGUGCACUAAAGGGUUACAAACGAGAUAUAACAUAAUUACUGUGAUAGCUCUUUCAAGUGUUAAGUGUGAGUGAAUUAAAUGCCAUGAAAUGCUGGCAACGUAUCUCACGUUAUAUAGUGAUGAAGGUUGACAAGUAGGAAAUCAACAUGGAAAGAUAACAGGAUUACUGUGAUAGGUCUUUUCAGUGUUCAGUUAGACAUACCAUGUGUAUUUUGAUGAAGAGACAAAUUGACCUAAAUCUAAUAGUUAUUACAUAGCAGUAAAGGUUCCUCAAAAGAGCAGGGAAUUUUACUGGUGGAUACCACAGAUUCAUAGUGAAAUAACUGCAUGUUAAGUGCUUAUAGACUGAAAUUGUUAUUUAACCAACUGACAGACUUGAAAGCAGACAAUUAGAAUGCACAAAAAUUAGCUGAACUUUUUCUGACAAUUGUCUAACAGUUCUUAUGAAAAAGCUGUACUUCAGCUACCACAGAUACAAAUAGAAUAAAGUUUUUAAUGGAUCUAA